CCUCGGGGCCCAGGUCCGGGAGGUGUGCGUGUCGGGAGAGGGGGCGGAGGGCAGACAUGGAACCAUCCCUCCCAGCGCGGAGGGCAGCAUAAAAAUGACGGUGUGUCCUCUGAUGUUUACCUUAGGACACAGUCACCUAGUGAAGUGUGGGCUUGUCUCCAUUUUGCAGAGUGUGAAACUGAGGCUCGGGAAGGUGGAGGAGCCGGGGCCCGAGGUCCGUUUGGCUCCCCGCCCUGCGCCCUGACUCACUGCGGGCCCCCGUCAGUCGCGGAUGUCCCCUCACCCCGGCCAGAUGCGGGCGCUGCAGCACGCCUCAAGCGCCCGGGACCGACCAAGUCGGAAUCCGCGGGACGCAGUGGUCUCUGCCCCUCCCCGGGGCGGUGGUCCGGUGACGUCACCGCCUUCUUAAGACCCCCGCUCCGCCCCGUCCCCGCACUCGCGGCUCUUUCGGAUCUCGGCAGAGCCCCACCUGCUCAGGGCAGCUCCUUUCAACCUCAACCUCAUCAUGGCCUCUGCUGGUCUGCAAAUCCUGGGGGUCGUCCUGACGCUGCUGGGCUGGGUGAAUGCCCUGGUGUCCUGCGCCCUGCCCCUGUGGAAGGUGACCGCCUUCAUCGGCAACAGCAUUGUGGUGGCCCAGGUGAUGUGGGAGGGGCUGUGGAUGUCCUGCGUGGUGCAGAGCACAGGCCAGAUGCAGUGCAAGGUGUACGACUCGAUGCUGGCGCUGCCCCAGGACCUGCAGGCUGCCCGAGCCCUCUGCAUCAUCACCCUCCUCAUCACCCUGCUGGGUCUGCUGAUCUACCUCGGUGGGGCCAAGUGUACCACCUGUGUGGAGGACAAGGACUCCAAGGCCCGUCUGGUGCUCACCUCUGGGAUCAUCUUUGUCAUCUCAGGGGUCCUGACCCUGAUCCCCAUCUGCUGGACGGCCCAUGCCAUCAUCCAGGACUUCUACAACCCCCUCGUGGCAGAGCCCCAAAAGCGGGAGCUGGGGGCCUCCCUCUACCUGGGCUGGGCGGCUUCUGGUCUUUUGUUGCUGGGUGGGGGGCUUCUGUGCUACACCUGCCCCUCUGGGGGGUCCCGGGGCUCCAGCCACUACCUGGCCCGAUACUCAGCAUCUGCCCCACGAGCCAUCUCUCAGGGGCCCUCUGAAUACCCCACCAAGAAUUACGUCUGAUGGGUAGGAGGACGGGGCUCCCUUGACCAUGGAGCUUAACCCCUGGGCUGGAGUCAUCAGAAUGCACGACAGUUUCUGGGUUGCUUUUAUCUGGUUUUUCCUUUUAAUUGGACAAGGGGGUAUUUUUCUUUUAAGCCAUUUGUUAAACACCAAACCAAGAAGAAAUUCAGUCUCACCUGGGCUCUGCUGCUGGCAGUUCUCACUUUGGACGAUGAGACCAAGGAGGCGACACUUCAGUUUCUCCAUCUUUCUCCACCUUGGACAUUCCCGCCUUGGAGGCCGGCCUGGAGCUGUGACCCUGGGUGAAGACUGUUUACUGGCCAGGUCCUUUGUGACAACCAGGUGCUGAUAGUCUGUCCCCAAGAGUUCCUGCUCUGGUGGGGCAGGGCUUGCAGGGAUGAGCCCCGCCUUGGUCAGGCCUCUGUGACCCGGAGCUCGAGCCUCAGUACCCUUGAGGAGAGCAGGUGAAACGUUACCCAGAACCACUUACCUCCAAGGAUUCUGACCUCUGGCUCUUCCAUGCUUGUCUCCGAGUUGCUUCCCAACCACGCUGUAGACCCCUGACCCUCCCAUCUGGAGGCCCUGCACACUUCUGCCACGGCACACCCACCCACUAGUUUUUACUAAAUAAAGAGUGUUUUGUUUUGU